AUGGAGUUACUUGCCACGCUGCUGAUUCUCUUGCAGGUUACUGCUGCCAACAGUUUUUCUCACAAAAUUGAAAACUCCAUUUUAACACAAGCCAUCCGAAAGAAGAGUACUCAGUGGAUAGAUUCUUAUCAAUUAGACAGCCUACGUCCUCUACAGCGUACUAAAAGGACCUGGGUUAUCACCACCAUUGAUAUCCAAGAGGAGGACAAAGGACCAUUCCCAAAAUAUGCUGGACAGCUGUUCAAUAACAAAUCAUUUAAUACAUCAGUAAAAUAUUUAAUCAGUGGACCUGGGGUAGAUCAACCUCCAGAGAUUGGAUUAUUUUCUAUAGAAGACGAUGCAAAUGGACACGUGUAUGUACAUCGUACCAUCGACAGGGAAAAGACCCCAGCUUUUCAGAUACGUUUCGAUAUUGUGUACAGAAAAACUGGUGAACCGUUGGACCGCCCUUUAUUUUUCAUGAUAAAGGUUAAAGAUAUUAAUGACAAUGCACCAGAAUUUCCCAAGGAGGAAUAUAGCGUUACAAUAAGAGAGAACCACAGUAAAAAUGAGCCAGUUUUCCAAGUUACUGCUGUGGACAAAGAUGAAGAUGGCACUGUGAAUUCUCAGGUGUCCUAUUCUCUAAGUAUGCAAAUGCCCCGUACAGAUGGGUUCACAUUUAAUAUCGAUCCUAGCACAGGAUCGAUACAACUGUCAGAAUGCUUGGAUUAUAAGACUAGCAACUCUUUCAAACUUCUGAUUAAAGCCAGCGACCGUGGAACUCCCCAGCUAUCAUCUACUGCAACAGUGAAUGUAGCUGUUGAAGAUGCAAACAACCACCUCCCUGUAUUUACUAGUGAUAAUUACCAGCUGCAGAUUUCAGCAGGUCAAGAACAUCCAGCUGUAUUACGGUUCCAAGUGGAAGAUAAAGACUCUCCCAACACUCCAGCUUGGAGAGCAAAAUACAGAGUAACAAAAGGCAAUGAGAAGGAACAGUUCACCAUUGAGACGGAUCCAGACACAAAUGAAGGCAUUUUGAGUAUUAUCAAGCCUCUCAACUACGAAGAUGACUCUGAGAUGAGACUUGUAAUUUCUGUAGCAAAUGAAGAACCUUUCUUCUUGUGUAAAAACGGCAUUGUAAUGAUCUCAGACCUAGACUCCACGAAUACAACUGUGAACAUCAAGGUCUUACAGUCACAACAUGCUCCUAGGUUUCAUCCUCCUAUACUUAUUGUUCAAAAGGAAGUUUCAAUGAAGCCUGGGAGAGUAUUUAGAAGGUAUCCUGCCACAUAUCCAGAUGGUGUGCCAAAUAAGAUAAAAUAUGAACUAGCCCAUGACCCAGGUGGUUGGCUGAGUGUGGAUGAGAAUUCUGGAGUUCUUACUGUGGCAAAAGAAUUUGAUCUAGAAUCUCCUUAUGUGAACAACAGCCUCUAUACCAUCACUGUUCAUGCUAUUGGUCAUGGUAUUCCACCACAUACUGGUACUGGCACCAUCCUGCUUUACUUGUCUGACAUUAAUGAUCAUAUGCCAGCAUUAGUGGCUCCUUCGUUAGAUGUGUGUGACAAAAAAGAAGGGACUGCUCUCAUUAUAAAAGCUAAGUCUGCUCUGGUCCAGUCACAUUCUGGGCCAUUUACAUUUGAGCUGGCUGAGGACUCUGAAGAUGUGAAGCAUAACUGGAAACUAGGAAGGAACUUUGGGGAGUCAGUUGAACUUUUAAUGUUAAGAAGCCUCCCACAAGGUAACUACUUGGUGCCCAUCAUUAUUCAGGACAGGCAAGGAUUUUCUACAAGGCAGAAUCAGCAUGUUAGGCUCUGCUUUUGCCCAGAUGGACAUACAUGUAAAGAUUCUCCACUUCCACAAGCAGCAGUGAGACUUGGAGGUGGUGCCAUUGCAAUAAUACUGACAGCUUUCUUAUUACUACUGGUUUCCAGUAUUCUUCUUUGCCGGUUUUACAUGCAGGGAUCUAAAAGCAAAGCCAUUGUUCCACCUCAAGAAGGUGAACAGACUUUAAUGAACUAUAAUGAAGAGAGCAGAACGUCUUUAUCUCAAGAUGACCUGUACACUAGUUACGAGACGUUCCAAGUAAGACACCUUCAUUGCAUCAUACAGACAGUGGACAAAAUACUGGGUCAGAAACUAUAUUACCAAAACACACUGGAAGAUUAUGGAGACAUCUAUGAACCUUACAGAUAUGCCGAGGAAGGAGAAUUAGAGCGAAGUAACUCCUUCUGCUCUCUCUCCAUUGACAGUGAGGAUUUGCCUGUUGAUUUUUUGAACACUCUGGGACCAAAGUUUUCUGCUCUGGAAGAAAUCUGUCAGAAGCAAUUUCCAUCAUUCAAUUAA